AUGAAGAACAAUAAGAAAAGUAAAACCAACAAUAGAGGAUGUCUGGGCUUGCUGCUGUUUGCCUUGCUGCUCCUGCUCGUGGGCCAAUCUCAUUCGGUGCCAUCGCCAUCAAUUCAGACGCCCCAGAAACGAGGUGGCAGUGGUAGCGGUGGCAGUGGAGGCGGGGGCGGCGGAGGCGGCAGCUCUUCAGACAUAUCCAAGGAUCACUGCAAUAAGACGGUGGACAUUUUUGAGGACAUAAGCUCACCGGAGGUUAGCCAUCAAAAUCUGGGCCGGCCGCUCACCUGCUGGUACCGCUUUCGCACGCUCAAAGGUGCGCCGCGCGACUUCGUUCUCCGACUGCGCUUCAAGAAGUUCAAAGUUGGCCAACUCCUAAAUGCGACACACUGCGAGGGCGGCUUUUUGCAGAUUGUUGACGGCAAUGCGAAGACGGACGUCUCCAACCGCCGCGAGCCCGGCAUGUUUUGUGGCGAGGCUGAGCAGCCGCAGACCUUCAUCAGCGAAACUAGUUAUGUAAAGGUCCUGUUCCACACGGAUAAUUUUACGGAUCAGACUUACUUCACAUUCGAUUCACGUGCCGAACAACAAACCGAAGUCUAUUUGCGUUAUGGCCAACAUCCGGAAUUAUAUCCAAAUCGUCGCGGUGAAGUUGUGCAAGGAUCGUACUGCGAACGCGAGUACCGCGAUUGUCGGCUCCAAACCUGCUACGUACAAUCUCCUGCUUAUCCUGGACUAUAUCCACGUGCACUCAACUGUCGUUAUAAAUUGCAUACGCGUCAGCCGUACAUCAAAUUAUAUCUGCAGAACGAACAGUUUGCGGUCGACGGGCAAAGAUGCGAAAACGUCAUGACCUGUCCGAUACGUCCCAUCGGCUCGGGCAACGAACAUUGUCCCUACGAUUGGCUGGCCGUGUAUGAUGGACGCGAUGAGCAUUCACCGCUUAUAGGGAAGUUCUGCGGCCUGGGCAAGUUCCCAUUCAGCAUUAUUGGCACAUCACAAUACAUGUACGUGGAGUUCGUUACAUCGCCCGCGGGUCCUUUACUCAAUACCGGCUUCCAUUUCAAUGUUGGCAAUUGGCCAGGUCAUGUGGAAACGGCCGGCAUCAAGCACGGCGUGUGCGAUUGGCUACUCAGCUCCGAUUCGCUGAAGGACAGCAGCGCCAGCGAGGGCAUUUUUCUGAGCAUAGCGCACUGGUAUCCACCAAAUACAUCCUGCAGCUAUCACAUCAAAGGACGCGUCGGUGAAAUUGUGCGCUUGUAUUUCCCGAGCUUCCGCAUCAAUCGCAUCGAGUCACCCAUUCUGAAGUACGAAGGCGACUGCGGAGAAUCGCUGACCAUAUACGACUCGGAUCAUCCCGACCCAGCGCGCAUAAUCAAGACCUUCUGCGAUACCUUCUCUCGUCCCAUGGAGAAGGUGGACUUUGUGAGCACCAGCCCCUCCUUAUACGUACAGUUCGACUCGAAGACUGGAAGCUACAGUGGCAGCUCGCUCUACUAUUGGGCCCACUACGAUUUCUUUAACAACACUCGCUUUGGCGAUCCAGUCCCAAAUACCCUCUGCGACGAGGUGAUGUACGCCUGGAAGCAUACUGGUGGUCGUCUUCGCUCCCCUCUCAACUCGCUUAUCUUCAAACGGACGGGUGGCAGCGAUGUGCGUUGUCAAUAUAAGUUCGUAACCGAUAGACGUCUGUACGCCCGUGCUAUUAUCGAGGUGAAUUCCGUGUCCUUCAAGGAGCUGCCAUAUAACAGCAACGCCUGCACGCGCUGCCAUGAGGAGCGUGUGGACAAGCUGGUCAUUUGGGAGGAGCGGGAUAAGUUCCAAAACAACUUGGCAUGCUUUUGCGACAACAUUCCAAGAGCCGUGCGCGUAAUUUCGUCAGCGGAUCAAAUGAAUCUGGAGAUGAUUGUACAGGGUCAGCAUGCCAUUACCUCCUACUUCAAGAACCCCAACCCCCUGUUCGAGGCAACUUAUGAGUUCGCACACGGACCACUCUGCGGACCAAUCACACUAGGCCCCUCGCCAGACGGUGAGCUGAUCUUUCCCUAUAAGAAGGCGCUUGCUAUGGUAGCGGGUCCGAUGGCGCCACCAGAGCAUUAUUAUCGACGCGAGAAGUGCAUCUGGGAGCUGAAGGUGGCGGCUCAGCGUGAUCUUUGGCUGAAUCUGGAAAAGGCCCGCUUUGGGGAUCGCACUUGUGAGAGCGCCAAGAUCGAAGUUUAUUUGGCCGGACGCCUGGAGCCUCGUUUUGUCGUUUGUCCGGAGAACAUUUCGUUGGCGCGCGAUCUUCCCAUACUAACCACUGCCGAACUGGGAGCUACAGGCGCCGAUCAGGAUCCGCUGCCAGUACUGAUACAGUACACAGGAGAUGGGCAGCCGGGCAAGAACCUCUUUCGAUUGGUGUGGACCGAGUUGUUCCACUUGCCACGCAAUCCCGAUGGUAGUCUGGCCGCGUCGCUGUUGCAGGAUGGCUGCGACUUUAGGUGUCCGGGCGCCACAAACGUCUGCAUCCCGCGCCAUCUGCUGUGCAACGGCAUCGCGAAUUGUCCAAAUGUGACGCACUCGUCGACGCUAGCCCAACUAACGCGGCACAUUGAGUGGAAUCUGGAACAGCUCGGCCUGCUGCAUCAGGCCUCGCAGUAUCGUCAGUUGGUACUGCAUGACGAGUCGCCGGAGAUUUGCCUGCGUCGCGAUCUCACCGAACUGCCUUAUGGCAAGUUGGCGCUCAUGGCGCUGGGUCUGUGCCUCAUGUUCGCCCUGCUCUUUGCCAUAUUGAAGCGGAUGUGCCGUGGGACGCCGAAGCAUCAGCGACAUCACUUGCAAGAGGACUACUAGAGACAUGUUGAGUCCUUUCGCAAUUUUUACUUGAGAUAUUGCUACCAGCUUUCUGGAAAUAAUCUCAGACUCCUAUGUCAAGGGCGACUAGAGAAGAAAUGUUAUAUUCUUUUGACUAACUCUAAAAAAAAUAUGUGGUCACACACUUUAUAUGUAAGUAGUUUUCCAAGCUCCGAUUAUAUGCUCAAAACCCUACGUGACAUACUCGUACAUACUAUAUACGUGUACAUGUAUACAUACAAGUACAUACUGAUAUGAAUAUUUGACUAAUUUAAAAAUAAUAACUGUACUAUAAUAUAAGGAAACCAUAUAAAUGUUUAAAAAACACACACACCAACAAAUACUGCCCUGAAUAUUUAAU